AUGAGCUCCUCAGUCAGGCCUCCUCGGACCUUGGCUUUUGGAUACACUAGGCCAGGUUCUUCAGUGGAUCCUUCAGUGGAUCCUUCUGUAAAUUCUUCAGUGGAUACUUCAGUAGAUUCUUCUGUAGAGUCUUCAGUAGAUUCUUAUGUAGAAUUUUCAGUGAAACCUCCAGAGGAUCCUUCUGUAGAUUCUUCAGUGGAUCCUUCGGUAGAUUCUUCAGUUGAUCCUUCUGUAGAUUCUUCAGUGGAUCCUUCAGUGGAUCCUUCUGUAGAUUCUUCAGUUGAUCCUUCUGUAGAUUCUUCAGAGGAUCCUUCAGUAGAUUCUUCAGUUGAUUCUUCAGUGGAUCCUUCUAUAGAUUCUUCAGUGGAUCAUUAUGUAGAUUCUUCAGUGGAUCCUUCUGUAGAUUCUUCAGAGGAUCCUUCAGUAGAUUCUUCAGUUGAUUCUUCAGUGGAUCCUUCUAUAGAUUCUUCAGUGGAUCAUUAUGUAGAUUCUUCAGUGGAUCCUUCUAUUCUUCAGUGA